GUUGUGAUGGGAGUGGGUGAAUGUACCUGAACCUGGGUCCCGGGGCUAGGCCCACUGCAUCUCCUGGGGAGUUGGGGAAAGCCCGGGCCUGUUGAUGGCCUUCCUUCCCGGUCUGCGCUGCUGUCCAGGUCACUGCAGGAGAACUAUUACAGCGGCGUGAAACAGUGUUGCGCAGUGUUAAGUCUCCAACGAAAGUAUUGGAGUUGGGAAACCGGGUUGUUUGUGUUGGGGGUCACAUGGCCCUCCAGGAAAAUGUCUUGACUCGUGUUGACUGGUCCUGAGCCCAAAGCAAAGACUGUUUCCACUGAACUGAAUCCUGUCUUAUUUGAUUCUCUUGCUCAGAUCAAAUUAGUCGCCCAAUUUGAAAAGGGGACAAAAGAAAAUGUUGCAGUUGGCAGAGUUGGUGUACCUUCUAGUUUAUUUGUGUACAGUAUGGAAUAUGUUCAUAUCUUUCAGAGCUUGUGAUGCUGUGCCAUUGCAAUCAGAAAGGAAUGCAACAAGUAUUUCGCAAUCAAGGCCUUGCUGGGAAAAAGAAGAAUUCAGCAUUAUAAAAGAAUGCACUGCAUGUCGUGAUUAUGAAAAGACUGUGCAUGUAGAAUGUACAUCUACUGGAUUUGUUGAAGAAGUAAAGUGUGUAACAGACCAAAGGUUUAGGAGCUGUCGUUCAGUUGAAAUGGAAGAAUUGAAGUUCUGGAAAUUUGAAGGAAUUAUGGUUUUGCUGGGGGUGAUCUUUGCCAUCAUUGUUUUGUUUAGACAACGAACCCUAGAUAGACGUGCAGAACAAAAAGUGCAACGACAACUUGGGGUGAUUUAAUUAAUUCAUAACUUUAUUGAUGUUUGAAAUUUUUUUGGGAAGAGAGAGAAUACCUUGCUUUCUGAAUUAACCUUUCCUGUUGUGUUGAUCCUCAGUGCUGUGUUUAUUCCAUAAGAUUUGACCCAUGUACGUUGCAGAAAAGCAAUGAUUCACAUUUUUGUUUUAUUUCAAAUGUUGCUUUCCAGAUGGUAUAAAUAUUGAGAUGUAAUUAGAUAACACAACCACUACUAGUGAGACGAUGUACAAUAUUUAUAUGGUGAAAUUAAUGUAAUAAAUUUUAUUUGUGUAGAAAAUUAAUAAAAUGGUUUGAAAUGAUCUGUAUUGUUUUGUCACAUUUUUACAAGAUUUACUUGAAGUAACAUUUUUGUAUAAAACUAAUGAAAUUGCUCAUAGGCACUGGUACAGUUCUUGUACUAGUGACUUUUUUUGUACUUUGUGCUGAAUAACUUUGUAUUCCUUCCACACUGUGCUCAACCCAACCGUGCUCCCCCCACCUCCCCACCCCAAAAAAAAGCAAGCAUGUAAGUUUCAUGUUAUACAAUGCAAUGUUGAAUACUUGUAUGUUGCCUCUUAGGCAUUGUUUGUGUGGAAUAAAGUUAUUCAAACUUUCA